UUAAAAUCCCUCGCUAGUCUUCCAACCCUAGACGCCGCUGCCGCUGCCGCUGCUUCCCCUGCGAUUCUGCGACGUGUCCUCCAUUGUCGUCGACGAAGCAAGCAGAACCAGAAGCCGACGCCGCCGUCUCCCGUCCUCCCCUGCCGUCGCCUCCGCCUCCGCCUAUCAUCUCUAACUCUACAAUAGAUUAACUUGAUGAAUGCCAAUUGACUAUUUGAAUUGUUUUGAUUUUCAAAAGUGUUCAUUACUUUUCUGACCUCACUGAACAAAAUUCCUGCAUACACCACUGCCAGUCACCCCAUACAGACUAGAGUGAGUAGGUAUUGAGCUGAAACGGUGAAGAAAAUGAGGGAAGAAGAAAUCGACAGGCUGAGAGGGGUGGUGAGGGACUGCAUGAGCAAGCACUUGUACUCGUCAGCAAUCUUCUUUGCCGAUAAAGUGGCGGCGAUAACGUCAGACCCCACAGACAUCUACAUGCAAGCGCAAGCUCUCUACCUCGGUGGACACUACCGCCGUGCAUUCCACCUCCUCAAUGCCUCCCAAAUUGUUCUCCGUGAUCUCCGCUUCCGUUAUCUUGCUGCUAAGUGCCUGGGGGAAUUGAAAGAGUGGGAUCAAUGCCAACUAGUUCUUGGUAAUGCAAAUGUGGAUGAACAUGGAAAUGUUACUGAACUUGGGGAUUGUAGUAGCAUGUACCUGGACAAGGAUGGUGAAGAUCGUGAAAUCAAUGUAUGUUAAUUCCUUGGGAGGGGGAGGAGGUUCACCUUGGUUUUCUUUCUGUGAAUUGCAAUUGUAAUUGUAGUCU